AUGACCACGACAAUCUUGAGCUGUCCACCUUCGCUUACCACCGCCGCCGCCGCCGCCACCACCACCACCCAAAACAAGACCAACCCUUUGAAGCCACGAGCUCCAACCAUCGAAUCAAUGCCUCCACGCCACCUCGCGCCUUCUGGUGCUCCCGUCGGACAGUCGGGGUCGAGUGGUAAUAGCGGUCAUAUUAGCAUUACGAGUAUAAGGAGGCGUAUCGCAGAAUUGAUCGUUUACGCUCAACAAAAACGUCUUACCAAGACGGAAAUGGAUCGUGUGCACUAUUUGCUCGAAAGGACCGGUCUCUCGUACGAAGGGCAGAUGGCCCUGCUGCAGGCACUCGGUAAUGCCUACGGUCCCGACGCGGAGUAA